AUGUUUCUUUGCCUGCGGGUCAAAGCCGACGCCAUCUUGUAUUGUACUGGAUACAAGUAUAACUUCCCGUUCCUAGGCGACGAUGUUGGUAUCCUCGUGGAUGAUAAUCGCGUAGAUCCGCUGUACAAGCAUGUGUUCCCACCACAUUUAGCUCCUCACAUAUCCUUCAUCGGAUUGUCCCUCAAGGCUCUCCAGUUUCCAGUGUUUCAACUGCAAAGCAACUGGGUGGCCAGAGUCUUAUCAGGAAGGGCUGAGCUCCCAUCACAAGAGGAAAUGAUGGAGGAUAUGACAACAUUUUACUCGGAGUUGGAAGCUAGAGGGUGCCCGAAAAGAUACACUCAUGACCUAGGAGAAUGCACGUAUGAGUAUGAGGAUUGGGUCGCAGAUCAAUGUGGGUUGGAGAGGAUUGAAAGGUGGAGGAAAGAGAUGUUUGUUGCGGCGCUGAAGAACUUUGCCGAUCGUCCCGAGAGCUACCGAAAUGAAUGGGAUGACGACCACUUGUUGCUAGAAGCACACCGGGAUUUCACCAAAUAUUUUUGACUAAUUUGCGGGCAACUACUUAUUGGCUUUGGUGUACUCCUGCUAGGCCAUGGUUGUUCUUGUUCCCUAUAUGGGAUAAUUCCUUCAAUAACUCCAUUAAUUUACACAUGUGAUGUCCAUACUUUUUAAAAGCAUCUACCACCACAUUUCUACAGUUGCUUUAA